UCUUUGAUGUUUGCGUGCUUGAGGGCUAGGGGAGAGACGUCAUUCCCUGGAACCUGCGGACUUCCUCUCUGCUUGUCUGGUCCUUCUGUCUGCCGGUUGCUGGUCCCAGGCUCGCUCUCUGGCCCAGCCCUCUGUCAUCUCAGCAGCUGUCUUUCUCGUGCCCGCUGGCCUGUCUCUCUCCUUCCCUGCAAUCGCCUUCUCCGCCUGCCUGGGUGGCCGCCAUGGGCCGGAAGCGGCUCAUCACUGACUCCUACCCAGUAGUGAAGAGAAGGGAGGGCCCCGCUGGACACAGCAAGGGGGAGCUGGCAACAGAGCUAGAGGAAGAGAUCCAGCCCCUGAGCGUGGAUGAAGUGGAGCUGGAGCUGCUGAGGCAGUUUGACCUGGCCUGGCAGUACGGGCCCUGCACAGGGAUCACAAGGCUGCAGCGCUGGCAUCGGGCAGAGCAGAUGGGCUUGGAGCCUCCCCCAGAAGUGUAUCAGUCUCUGGCAUCUCUAUCCCCUUUGAGGUCCCACCGAAGGUCUCCUGCUCGCUACCCAAGAACCUCAGGACACAGCAAGAGCCAGUUACUGCCUCUCAGCUCAGCCCUGCUGUGGAGGACGUUGCAGGAAGGAGUCUUGCAGAGAAGAAAAGAGACUAAAUCUGGAAGUCUCCAUGCUCAGCCCUCCAUCUAACCAGCAGAGCCCCUCUGAGAGCCGAGGAGCACUUCCUGCAUUGGUGGUGGUCUCUGAGGACAAGGACCUGGACACGACCAUUCUGAUGCCUGCCAUUCACCUCCUUGACCUGAACACUGUGAUCCUGGGGAUGCUGUAGAAUUUAGGCACAGUCUUGGCAGAACAGACUUAGCAGACGUACUUCCUGCCUAGGGCUAGGAAUCUGAGGAUAGGACUGGCUAAGCUUACAGGGCAAGGGGUUCACUAAUGCUUAUCAAUAAAUAACACAGCCUGGCACCCUAA